AUUGUUUUUGUAAGCGGAACUGACAGGGAUGGAGUUGCAUUUAACAUUUUGUCAUAUUUUAGUACCAGUUUGUCAUUUAGAGGUUUUUUUAUAUGUACCGCUCAUAGUUGUAAAUUAAGCCGACAACUUAUGUUUAUUGUUUUCUCUUAUAACUAGGAAAUUGCUCUGAGUCAAACGGCGACAAUGGCAGCCGUUAAAAACGUUAAAAGUUGAUCGAUUUGAUGGACAAUUGACAGAAAAGGUUUCCUGGUAACCGUGGCCAUGUUACAGACUACUGGCCGCCUGUCCAAAGCGCUACAGCUCACCCUGGCGGUCAUCAAGCCCGAUGCUAUAGCUCAUCCUUUAAUAGCAGAGGCUAUUCACCAGACAAUUCUGGAUAACAACUUCGUAAUUGUCAGAUGCAAAGACCUGGUGUGGAAAAGACAGGAUUCGGAGAGGUUUUAUGCUGAACAUUCAGAGCGAUUCUUCUAUCAAAGACUUGUAGAAUUCAUGUCAAGUGGUCCGAUGAGAGCCUACAUUUUAGCUCGAGAGGAUGCCAUACGUCACUGGAGGGACAAGAUGGGACCAACCAAAGUCUUUCAAGCCAGAUACACAUCCCCUGCCUGCAUCAGGGCUCGCUUUGGCCUCACAGACACCAGAAACACAACUCAUGGCUCCGAUUCUCCAGAGUCGGCUCAGAGAGAAAUCAGUUUCUUCUUCCCAGAUUUCAAUAUGGAUCAGUGGCUUAAGAAGGAGGAGCCGUUGUUCAGAUCACGACAGAUCCAAUAUGAUCAACAAGAUCAGAUCCACAAACCUUUAACACCAAGCUGACCCUGGAGCAGCUCAGCACUGCCUCCACAGCUUAAACUUGAUUGGAUGAGAUGAUGAACUCUGUUUAGAAGCCACACAUGAAGAGUACGCCUGAUUUAUGAAAGUGCCAAAUUGUUAUAAUAAAAAAAGAGGUUGCUAGGAUCAUGUCACUGGUAAUUUUAUGUCAGCAGGGAGGGCCAUUUAAUAAAAUUUUUUAAAUAAUUCUUUGCUUAAGUUGUGAAAAUUAUUUUAAGAUGUAACUUCAUGAUCUGUUGUUUUUACUUGAUUUGCAGUACAAAAGAUUCAAGGAUUGAAUUAUUUAACUUUCACAAACCAAAUAAAUCACAUUUUUAUGACUGACAUUUCAGAUGUGUAAAAGCCUCUUUUAAAAGACUAAUAGACUCAUAGACAUAUUCCUUGCAAAAAGCACUCUUUUAUUUCUCAGUCUUUUAAAUGUAAAAGUGUUUACAUUUUUAACUGUAAACAUAGCAGAAAAAGACAACUUUUGGCAAAAACAUACAUUCAUAUGUCUUUAAAGAGAAAUGGGUCUCACUUCUAGUUCCAGAAACAAAGUUGCUAGAAAAAAUUCCCAGGCAUUUCAGGAUGCAGGCGAUGCGCACUAAUAAAACAGAGCUUAAAAAUCAAGAGGGUGUGUGUAGACGCCUUAUAAUAAACACAAGUUAGAAUAAAGGGAUACAUUUCAACGUUAUUUUAAAUUGGACACAUGGAUUAGCUGGCGCUUCUACCAAAUCUGCCUUGUAAUCCCUCUUUUUCAAGUCCACGUUAUUUAUUCAGUUUCGAGUUCUUGUACGCCAUUUUGUUUCUUUAACAAGAUAAAGCUUAUUUAAAUUUUUGCUCA